AAGUUAUUCCCCAAUUUAAAAAAUAAAUUAUUACUUUUUUCAGGAAAUCCAGUAGAGGAGACUUCGUAUUUUCUGCUGAUCGUCUGAUCAGACUGGUGGUUGAAGAGGGACUGAAUCAACUGCCCUACACAGAAUGUACUGUGACCACUCCAACAGGACACAAGUAUGAAGGAGUCCGAUUUGAAAAGGGAAACUGCGGGGUCAGCAUCAUGAGGAGUGGAGAGGCCAUGGAACAAGGCCUCCGGGACUGCUGCCGGUCCAUCCGCAUCGGGAAGAUCCUGAUCCAGAGCGACGAGGAGACCCAGCGAGCCAAGGUGUACUACGCCAAGUUCCCUCCAGACAUCUACAGGAGGAAAGUGCUGCUGAUGUACCCAAUCCUGAGCACUGGGAACACUGUCAUCGAGGCUGUCAAGGUGCUGGUGGAACACGGGGUCCAGCCCAGUGUCAUCAUCCUGCUCAGCCUGUUCUCCACACCCCACGGUGCCAAAUCCAUCAUCCAGGAAUUCCCAGAAAUCACCAUUUUAACUACAGAAGUGCAUCCUGUUGCACCAACACACUUUGGACAGAAGUAUUUUGGAACAGACUGACAAUCUCAGAACAACUGGAUGUGACUCUAUGACAUUACAAGAGGUUUUUUCUAUGUUUUAUUUUGUUGGGUUGUCAAGGGCAUGUUUGGGAACCUUUCUGGCCAAAGGGGGAAAUACUUGACUUAGGUGAGUUCUGGCCUGAACAGGGAUCAAAGCACUCUGGUUACAUGGCCAAGCAUCUCCAUGUUGGGGUUGUUAAACUGCCACACUCUGCUUUAACUUAUUUAUUCUUCUCUCUCCUGUCUGUGGCUGCCUGCAGAGCAAAUAAACCCACUAAAUCCCA